GCGGCAAAGGACGGCAGAUUCCGACUCUGACAUGGAGGAUGGCUCUGCUCCGGAGGCUGAGGCCAAGUCGACCUUGCAAGCCAAGAGGCUGGCUCGUCGGAAGCGGCAGGCAGCUGCCCCCAGGAAGCAGGACACUUUCAUUGCCGAAGACGAGAUUUCGCUGGCGAGCUUGAGCUCAGAAGCAAGGCCUGAGACCCACAUUCUGAUUGACCUGCUGACGGAUGUCGACUUCUACCACGCUUCUCCCUCGCAGGGAGAACGCCGAACCGGGCGGCAGCUCUCUUCCGAGAGAGGCGGGCGGAGCUUCAGCUCUUGCGACGUUUGGGCUGGCAUGUGGUGUGCGUGCCCGAGCAUAGCUGGCAACUCCAUGGCGACUCGGAGGCUGCCGAGGCCAAUCGGGAGAUGA